AAACGUGUCGCAGCUCGGGAGUGGAACAUCGACUACGAAAACGGACUGAACGAUGACGGAACCCGCAGAGAGUUUUGGUACGUUGAUGCUGACACAGUUCGUUACUGCAAUGAUGUUACCAUGCUCCACCCUGCCAUUAUUGACCCUCAAUACUACGUGAAAUAUCCGAAACACGCCGCUAUGAUAAAGAAAGAAAUUCAAGAACGAACGGGCAAUGAACUUUCAACCCAGCAGAGUCACCCAGUACCUCUUCAUACCAAACCUUCAGGGACCACUGUACUAGUCCCCGACCCUUCAAACCCAUUGUCGGAUGAUGCUCCAGCUCCUGGUCCGGCCUCGGACAUUACUGUGAACGAUACUGAACCUAUUGCAGCUGCAACAUCUGCUCCUGGCAUGGUAGCAACCCAGAAGCCGACGACUUCUCAUCCACCAUCUCCUGUUACAUCUCCACCCACAGUACAUACAUUAACUGAACCUUCUACAUCUGCAAUAAGUCCUACUGCUGCUACUAAAUCAUCAGGAACAUUACUUCCAAGACCCACAUCUCCUGGUAUGUACUCAUCUGACUCAUCAGAUGAGGACGUCUCUGUGGGAACGACAUCUCCACCUUCACAGAAAUACAACUAUUCAUCGGCCGAUUUUCUUUAUGACUCUAUUGAUAUCACAGCAAUGUCAACGCGAAGUCGGACCGCCAAGAAAGACAAGCCGAAAACAAAGACCAAAGAUCAGAGCUUGCUCCCACCAUCAAGAAAGAAGUAA